AUGUUUUUUUUAUACACAAACACAACUGUCUUCUUUUUUUUGUUUUGUAUUUUUUUCUGAUUGAAAAAUUAUUACAUUUUUUGUGAUAAAUGAUUUUUAAAAAAUGUCUAAUGAAUUCAAUCAAUAUUGUGAACAGCUACGUACGGUAGAAGAAGCCUUAUUAUGUUCAACAGACCCAAUCGAAAAAGAAUCCCUGGAAAGUCUUAAAAAUGAUCUCAAAGAACUAUUGGAGCUAACAAGAGAAUCUAUUGAUAGCUCAGCAAAUAAAAAUGCUUCAAAAUAUACAGAAAAUCACGGCGGCGAAGACCAUGACGAUGAAAUGUCCCUUUUCCUCAAAGAAAUUAGUGAAAUUGAUAAAAAUAGCGAAUUAGAUGUAAAAUCAAAAGAACUAAAGGAACUUUUGGAAUCAAAAAUUGGCGAAAAAUGCUCAGCGCCACAUCAUCAUUCCUGGGGCACUAAAACUUACCACAAUGCUAUAAUUUGUGGUCUAGAUGAAUCCUCAGAUACUCCUCGAUUGUUGGUACUUUUCACCAAUCCCACUCACAAGGAAAUGAUUCCUUGUUCAUACUACCUCGAGGGCGAGUGUAGAUUUGAAAGCGACAAGUGUCAUUUUUCGCAUGGAGAAGCUAUUGCCUUUGAAGAACUCAAAGACUACAAAGAACCCGAAUUUGAUAAAUUGGCUAGGAAUUGUGUUGUCCUCGCCAAGAUGAAUGACCGGAUGUGGCAUAAGGGACGAGUUUUGUGCGCCAAUUUCAUUGAGAAAAGCUGUCGAGUUCGUUUGGAUAGUCAGAAAAAGGAAAUCGACUUCAAUUUCGAAGAUUUGUUUCCCAUUUUUCAUGAUGAAGAUCUGAGUAGUGGGAGUAGCUCUGACGGAGAAUCAGAUUCUGAUUCCGAUGAAGUUGAGGCUGCCCGAAGAACACGUUUAAUUGAACAAAGUCUCUUUUCUUAUGCUCCAAAUCAGCCGCUGGGUGAAUGGGAGAAGCACACAAAAGGAAUUGGUUCGAAAUUGAUGUCCAAGAUGGGUUAUAUAACGGGUACCGGUUUAGGUUGGAAUGGUGAAGGAAUUAUCACGCCGAUAAGUGCUCAGGUUCUGCCACCGGGAAAGUCUUUAGAUCAUUGCAUGGAACUGCGAGAGGCGGCAAAUGGUGACCAAGAUCUCUUUAGCGUGGAAAAGAAGCUUAAACAAAAUCAGAAAAGACAAGAGACUUUGAAUGCUAAGGCAUAUGCAAGAGAGUCGAAGAAAACAGAUGUAUUUUCUUUUCUAAAUGGCACAAUUUUGGGAAGUGAGACACAAGCAGUUGAGUCAAAGCCAUCAACUAAUCCUACAAUGAAGAACGCCUUUAAAAAUCACACCACAAAAACUUUGAAUGUAGAGAGUGUUCGAAUUGCUGAUGAUAUCCGCAAAAAGGAACGGGAAAUAUUAAAGGUUAAAGAAUCAAUGAGACGGCAUCAAGCUGGCUCGGAUGUACACAAGCGAUUAAAAAUGCAGCUGGAAGCGAAGAAUCAAGAGUUGGGUGGGUUGAAAAAAAAUGAAACCUCAUUGGCUAAAGAACAAAUGUCGCGGAAAACAAAAGACAAACUUUGUGUCUUUUGAUUUUGAUAAGUUUUGUAAAAUUUAAAUAAAGUUUGUUAUACAAAUUUA